AGUAAAUAUGACAAGCCGCUUGAAUGUCCCUAUAAACCUCCAUGUCAUUGUUCAAAUCGCAACAGUCCUCGGUCAAACCGUUUUGGUGCUUGCAGAGUACGGGACGAGGGACGUCUUCAGUGAUGAACAGAACCCCUUAGUGAUUUGAAAUAUCAUCAUGGCGAGUAUCUACCUUAUGGUCGUGGUUUGGCUUUUUUACAGUCGAGUCGUGUCGUGGUCAGAUGCUCGAUGCAGUGUGAAGUUUAGCAAAGUCGGUUGUUACAAAGAUGACGAGAAAGCGCCAAGGCCGUUGCCAGAUUUACUAAGCACGGACCGCAAUGUCUUCUCGCCCAAGUUCAGCGGUAUCCCAAUCGAUUGGGGAAACUGGGACAAGUAUAUGGAAGAUGCUGUAUGUAGAUGCGCGCGCAAGGCGAGUGUGAAGUCCUAUAUGUACUUUGGCUUGCAGUAUUAUGGAGAGUGUUGGUCGGGUGCAGAUGAGGAGGUUUCCUAUGACCGUGAUGGCAUAAGCCAAAUGUGCGUAACCAAUGGCUAUGAAGUAUGUGAAACUCGAGAGAAAGAUACACCCUGCGUAGGUGAAAACCACGCUAACUUUGUCUACAAAAUCACACCUGAAGAUCACUCCUGCGUCGUCAAGUUCUCCAAAGUCGGCUGUUUUCAUGACAAUUUUGUCGAGCCACGACCUUUUCCCGUCAUGCUCCUGACAGACCGCGAUCCAGAGUCGCCCAAGUACAGCGGUGUAGACAUAGACUGGUCAAACUGGAAUACGUACAUCCAGGGCUUGGCUUGUCGAUGCUCCAUUAAAACACGCGAGGAGGGGUACGAAUCUUUUAGCUUACAGAACUAUGGUGAAUGCUGGUCUGGCCCUAGGAUCGAGGCUUACCCUAUUCAGAUGAACACCCCUGAGCGGUGUCUUGGGCGGGACCUGGGCCCUUGUGCGGAUGAGGAUAAAGUUUGCGUAGGGAGGAUUAGAACCAACUAUGUGUUCCAUGUCAAGUAGCAGCAUAGUCAUAAGAUAAGCAUGAAAAACAGUCAAACUCCACAUAUACGAGAAGACAAGGUGGUGUGAUAUUUUAUACUAUUUUAUUCCUACUCAAAUGUUUUAUAUCAUAGUACAUAGACACACACAUAUGAUUCUGUAAUGUAGUUUUCUCCGGCACAACGCUAGGUCUAAGGAUGACAGAUCCGAACUUAUAACUAACUAAACCAUUUUAAUUUAAUUUCAAACUUUAUUAUAUUAAUUAAUUUUAAUUAAAUUAAAAUUUUCCUUGAAACUCUUUCUGUCAAUUCCAUUGUUCCUUUUAGUAAACAAAACAAAACAAAACAAAACAAAAAACAAUAUCUCAACAAUGAACUUUCUAUUAUUCACAAGAACUGUAAAAGAAUUUUAAAGGUGAGGGUUUAUGAUUAAGGGAUACGGGAUACGGAAUCAUGCAAGCCAAAAUCUCUCGAAAAAAUAGCAAGUAUGCCUUGCUAAAGGGCUUAGCGAGGUUGAUGAGAGGAAAUAUCGAGCAGGGAAAUUAUCUAUUACCUCCUCGUCAGAUAUCAAUGAUCGGUCCCUAGGGCUGGGUGGCUGUGGGGGGGGGGGGGGGGGGGGGGUGGCGUACAAGCGAAACACAUCCUCUCAGCCCCUGAACUAUUACAUUCGCUUUUUAUUCGCUAAGUAACGUUCUUGUAUUUGUUCAGCUAUAACAGCCUCUCUAAAGCCUUAAUUUAUCUCAGUUUUUUUUCGUUCUUGUAUUGUUCUUGUAUCAUGAUUUGUGGAAUAAAUGAUUUGUGCAAAUCA